AUGGACGUAUCGCAACUAUGUUCAAAUCCUUCGGAUUUAACUCCAACAGUGUCUAGCAAGACGUGCUCCAGUGCGAUGCACGAUGAAAAUAAAUCAGAAACUGGCUUGCUUGGAUCGGAUAAGAAUCCAUCCACAUCAGGUGGUUACACUUCAAUAGCCAAUGUGCUAAACCAGUGCUCCAAACUAUGUGAGAGUAUAUGGCAGCUCAAGCUGCAGCACAGCACCAUGUCCAGUAUAGAGAGGGAAAUCAUGAUUGAUAACCUAUCUGAAUCAGCAAAGCAGACGUUUCGAGACAUUCAGUCGACUGGAAAGCACAUUCACAAGGAGAAGCACAUGCUCAAAAAGCGUCGCAUUCAGUAUCAGAACGACUAUGACGACGACGAUGAAGACGAUGAAGACGACGAUGAAGAUGACGAUGAAGACGAAGACGAAGAGCAAAACGAAGAUCAUCAGAAUAAAUCUGUCAAUAAAGAUCAUGCUGAAUACGAACUCAUCAGACAGGCAAGGAACCUGCAAAACAACAACAGUCAGUCAAGGCCAAAGUACCGCAGGAGAAAUAGGCGCAACAUGAUAGGACAAAAGUGUCAUUCUUGUGGCACAACUGAAACUCCUGAAUGGCGUCGUGGUCCUGAUGGUGCGCGGACUCUCUGCAACGCUUGUGGUCUGCAUUACUCAAAACUGCUGAAAAAGGGGUCCAUUGGCGUGCAGACACAAAACUAUCUCAUCACAGGUGGCUCGCCACAAGUGUCAGCGACAUCAUCCAUACUACAGACCCAAUGUAUUCGGAACAGUUCAGCGAAUACAAAAGCAAUAGAAGCAGCGUCCACAACGAGCCCUGUGAAUUACCCGUUUGUAUUGAUGGAUCCAAAAUACCUCAAUAGAGGAGUAGGUACCCUGAAGCAUGAUCCCGACACGUCAAUCAUAUCAACGUCUAGCCAACGAUCCUAUUAUACCCCUUCACUACCUUCCUCCACACUGCCAUCAUUACAAUUGACUCAACAGCAACAAUUACCAUCUUUAUCUACAUUAACAGCUAACAGCGAUUCUAAAUUUGUAAAUACCAACCAGCCCGAAAAAGUAUCGUUACCAUCACUGACAAAACUGCAACGCAACAUCAGUGAUAACCAACUUAAUAAGAAUCACACAUCUACGCCAACUACCACUACUACUAUUACCUCCAAUGCACCGGGUGGAACCAGCGACAGCAACACUAUGAACAACAUCGCUCCACUUCGUAUUCAUCAAUGGAAACAAAACGAAUAA